AUCGGCAGCCACGUGCGAGGCGCUGGUGACUAUGGCUACCCUCCUGGUCGAGGACUUGCUGGCGCGCGCCGAGGAGCGCAAGGCGGAGACCCAGCGCAGCGUGGCGGUGCAUAAGGAGCUGGAGUUGGAGUUCGACGCGGGUAACUUACUAGCGGUGGAUAAAAACCCGGCCCCGCGCGCCUUGACGCGAGCCUCCUCGCAGCGCGAGCCUCUCCUGCGCGCUUUGGCCCGGGAUAACACUCAGUUGCUGGUGGGUCAGCUGUGGGCGCUGCCGUCGGAGCGGGCGGAAGCGGGCGCGGGGCCCGUGGUGGCCCGCCUGCCCGAACCCUCCACGCGCUUGCCCAGGGAAAAGCCGCUGCCCAAACCUCGGCCGCUCACCAAAUGGGAGCAGUUCGCGCGCCUCAAAGGCAUCCGCCCCACGCGCAAGAAGCGCGGCACGUUGGUCUGGGACGAAGCCGCCAAAGAGUGGAGGAGGCGCUGGGGUUACCGCCGAGCCAGCGGGGAUCCCUCCGGCGACUGGCUCUUGGAGGUGCCGGAUUCGGCCGACCCGUUGGAGGACCAGUUCGCCAAACGGCGCCAGGAGAAGCGGGAGCGGGUGGCGCGCAACGAGCUCAACCGCCUGCGGAACCUGGCGCGCGCUCACCGGGGUCGGGUGGCGGCCGACCUGCACCCAACGGGCCACCAAGACCGGGCCGAGAUGGGCCGCGUCUCCACCCUUGCUCGCGUCUCCACCGCCUCCCGCGGCCGCUUCCAGCCUCGCCUCCCCAAGGAGUCCGCCGUGGCGCAGACCAACACAGCCCGCGGGAAGAAGCGUCGCUUCCAGCCGCUGCUGGGAGACCUUGAAGGGGAGAAGAAGCGACACCUGGAGUUAGCCCGCAGCCUGAGUAGCAAGAAGCCGCCCCUGGACCUGACCCGGGCGGUCAACAAGCAACUCCGCGAAGAGGAGGCCGAAGCUGCCAGAGGCAAAGGGAAAAGGCGCGACCAACGGGGCAAGAGGGGUCGACGGCAGCAGCAGAGGACCGGAAACGCCAAGGGCAAGAAAAGCACAGGAGCAGGUCGCAGAGGGAACCAGGGAGGAUCUGGAAGCUUCAACGGCAAAAGGAAAAGAAAAUGAGCUUUCCUUGGGUGGGGGUUACACUGCUAUCCCAGCUAAACAGCAGACUGAUGUGGUUUAUUUUACAUACCGCUGCAACAAAAUGUGGACUUGCUAAGUUAAACAUUAUUCUAACAACCUAUUCUAACUUAAUGUUGGCCUUUAAUCCCCAAAGAACUUUGUGGGGCCUGACUAAAGAGCAUAUAAAGACAUCGCCAAUAAAUAAAAUAUAUAAAGAAUAUCUUUGAAAGAAUCUACUCACUUGAAGAAAUAUGUACAGUUCAGACAAUGCCUUUAUUGGGAAUUGGAGUGACUUCAAAGAAUAAAACUUCAAAGGAGUUGAAAUAUAUAGAAAGACCUGCUUUGUUUAUAAUAAAGUUCUAAUAUGCCUUUUUCUUUAAAUAAGAAUUGAAAUGGACACCUCUCAGCUGUAGUGUUUUUCUGUAUUUCUUUUUCAUGUAUCUGAAUUGCAGUAUCUCCAUUGUUGGCCAGGUUGAAGGCAAAUCACUAGAAGAAUGUUGUGUUUACAUCAUGUUAACUGAUUUUCUUUUGUAUGCGUUGAGAUUAUAAAUCUGCAUAUAAAAUGUCAAAUCAUCUCAUCAAAAUACCAUUUUCAUCAUUUUGACACUAUGAAUCCUGAUUUCAGCAAAACUAGAUUUUGUAUGUGGGCAUGUAUGUGGAUAUAUAUACUUAUCCACUGUUCUUACAGCAAGAUUAUAAAUAAAAACCCUAAGUUUAAUUCUGUAGGUUUUUCUGCUGCUCUUAGCAGCAGGGAGUCAUAAAAUAUUAAAUUUAAUCACCACAAUGGAAACUUCCGCUUACCAGCAAGCCCAACUUUAUUAAAAACAUGUAUAUGCUUUAUAUGUUAAAAAUCUCAAUGAUUUAUGGGAAUAUAAAAUCGAUUAAAAACAAAUGUUGGAAGGAGUCUGAUUGGGAAAGAUCAGCAUAAAAAAAUUUGUAUAUGUUUUUAAAAAAUGCACUAAAUGUAUGUAUAGUAGGGCCUAGUGCUUAUCUCGCUAUAAUCUACAAUUAGAUUAGACUUGGCUAGUUUUAUUUGAAAACAAAUUGUGUGUGUGUGUGUAUAUUCAGUGCUCUAGCCCAAUUCCCCAACCUUUGCAUACAGGAGUGGUGGUCGUGUGAGGAUGGUUCCAUGUGAUUGGCAGGCAAAUAUGCACGCCCUGCUCCAUUUGUGUGAGCAGCCAGCAAGCAUGCCUUCCACUCGUGCAAAUGGAGUGUGCAUGCAAUGUUUGUCUGCUGCUUACGUAAGUGGGGAUACAAGUAAACCAUGGCAAAACAAAUAUAGAUAUUUAAACUAUUCAUGUCCAUUUUUAUACUUUGAAAUAGAAUAUUCUUUGGGCUUUAAAAAUCCCAUCUUGCAAAUUAAUCUUGAGGUUUUUGGUGAUCAGAGCCUAAAAGGAUUCUUAAAAAAAAUAAAAAUCUACAAAGUA